AUGAGCAGCGAAGCGGCGGCAUCGUCUCCUGUCGCGGCUACGGCGCCAGGUCCAGCGCAAUUACAAACGGACGCAGCUGCGUCUCUGUCCAGUGCCAGCGCCGCGUCGCCGCGCAGUAAGCGUCAGAAACUCCACGAGCGCGACGCGUCUGCCGCAGGACUCGACUCGAAAGACGGGAUUUUCGACCCACCGUUGACGACAGAGAACGCGCUGGACAAGUCCCGCGGCGGUAACCACAAUAGCAAUGCGACAUCGAGUGGGACGUACUCGGACGUUAUGGCAAUGAGUCUGCAGAAGGAUCCGGCGUCGUGGAUACUCGGCGACGUGGACGGCUUCAGUGCUCUCGGACCCAUUCCGUCCAUGAGUGCAGUGCUGGAGAAGCGCUCGUCCAGUCCGUUCUCCGUGGUCGGAGCUCUGCUGGCGUCCUCGUCCUCGUCAUCGUCUGCUACUGCUGCUGGUGCUGUUGCUGCUAGUGGAUCAAGUGCUGGAGCAUCGAACAGAAUGACGACGGGACAGACAGAGAAUGCAGCAACGGACGACGCAGAGGCAAGUCUCGAGUUGAGCGACCAUUAUGCGGGGCUGUCUACAGCCGCCACUGCUACUACGACUGAUGCCGCAGUUGAUGCUACUACUACUAGUGAUGCUACUGCUGCUGCUGCCGAUGUGGCACCACCUGUUGCCGAGGGAUCUGGAGGCAAUACCAAGUACAUGGACCCUGCGACGGGAGACUACAUGUACCCGGAGAACGUCAAGCUCAUGAGUUUCUACGACAAGCAGCGCCUUGUACAGAAGAUCACGAUGCUGCCGAGCCAGUAUCUACGCGGACUGAUGGACGUCAUUAGCAAGUACCAGCCAGACACGGUCCGGCAGAUCGACGACGACGGCUAUGCGUUCGAUCUGGGCCAGAUGAACGAAAACACGGUCUGGGCCAUCAGCGACUACGUAAAGGACUCGAUGAUUGAGCUCGACGGCUACAUCAAGUCGCUCGGCCAAACGGGUAUCAGUCUCGCAGCAACCGACGAGGAGCAAGCGGGAGGCACGAUGCUAACGGCAACGAGCGUCGCGCCCGUGAGCAGCAGUACAGCGCGCCAUCUCACCGAGACGCUGGCCCUCAGCACGACCAAGAUCUCGGCCAUCACGAGCAACGAGAGUCAGAACAAGUUCCUCGAGCAAGUCGAGAUGUACUCGAAGCCAAAGGUGACCAAGUCGCGCGCCAAGCCGAGCAAGAAGCACGAGUGUCCGACGUGCGCGAAGCAGUUCCGCGGCCGCUCCGAGUUGCAGAACCACAUUCGCACGCACACGGGCGAGAAGCCGCUCAAGUGCUCCUACUCUGGCUGCACGAAGCGGUACGCCCAUAGCUCGAACCUCCGCGCCCACGAGCGAACGCAUGCCGGGAUUAAGCCCUACACGUGCCACUACGACGGCUGCGGCAAGAGCUUCGCCCACUCGGUGUCGCUCAAGGAACACAUUUGGAUGCACGCGGGGUUCCAGCCCUACGUGUGUCCGUACGAAGGCUGCCACAAGAAGUUCACGCAAGUGUCGAACUUUGCACGGCACAAGAAGACGCACGAGCGAGAAGACGACCGCAGAGAGCAGCAGCCCGACGAGGCGAUGGACAGUGACAAUUAG